UCAAUAGAUGGCGCUGCUAUUGAAAUCAACGAACGUGUCAUAUAAGCUACAUUUUAACAGCAUAUUUAUCACGUAUUGUUGACGCUAUAAAAUUAAUUAAAUUCAGGCACAAGAAUAUCAAGAACAGUGUAACGAACGUCUUCAAGAGAAUAUCAUGAGAAUAUGAGCAGCAGGAGAACGAGACAUAGCCACAGUAGGAGUACAGGAACAAUAAUUUCAGUUUAUACACUCAAAAAUGCCACCGAAAAGAUCUAACCUCAACAACGCGAGCAGCAAAGGGUCACGACGCAAACGUGUUGAAAGAGCUCAGCAAAUACCAGAACAAAUCGAAACAAGAAAUGCAGCUCAAAGAAUCAGGACUGCAGAAAGUCGUGCACAAGAAUCUCAAGAACGGCGUGACGAACGUCUGCAACAGAAUAUUACGAGAACAAGAGCGGCACGAGAACGAAACAUAGCUACAGUACGAGUACUAGGUCGACAAAGGCAACGAAUCAGCCGCUCAUUAACACGUGCAUCAUUCGUUCGGCUUGCCUUUGAAUAUGCACCAGAUAUUAACUACUGAGCGCAUUCAAAAAUUGCUAUCGGUGGAAUGGAUGAUAAAGUAUGUCAAUAUUGUCAGUCAUUGAAAUUUCGAAAUGAAGCAGCCGGCAUGUGCUGCGCAUCAGGAAAAGUUGUACUGUCACCUCUACCCGCUCCGCCGGAGCCUUUAUUAUCCCUUCUUACUGGCAAUUCAGAUGAUUCCAAAUUAUUUUUGCGUAAGAUACGCAAAUUUAAUUCUUGCUUCCAAAUGACGUCAUUUGGGGCAACUAAAAUUUGCGAUCGUGCAUCCGAUGGACGUAAUUUUGAAACUACAUUCAAAAUUCAAGGCCAGGUGUACCAUAAAAUCGGAUCCUUGAUGCCAAUGCCUGAUAACAAUCCGAAAUUUCUUCAAAUGUAUUUUAUGGGCGAUCAUGAAGAGCGCGUGACGACUCGGUGCCUGUAUAAUUUUAUUGAACAAGCAGACGGAAGAGCAAUUGUGAUAUUAUUGGAAAAUUUUUUAGAAGAUCACAAUCAACUAAUUCAAUUGAUCAAAAGAGUUUCGCCACGACUGCAAAAUGACAAUUAUAAAAUCGUCAUAAAAGCCGACAAAGUAAAAUUAGGUGAACAUGCUGGUAGAUUCAACGCUCCAACUGUUGAUGAGGUUGCUGUUAUCAUGGUUGGUGAUCCAGUUGACAAAAGAUCUAUAAAAAUUACACGGCGAGACAACACUGUCAGUACGAUUUCGGAUCUACACCGUUCAUAUGACGCACUACAGUAUCCAUUGAUAUUUUGGCAAGGACAAGAUGAAUAUCACCUUAAUAUCAAACAGUAUGAUCCAAAUACCGGUGAUUGCAGUAAUAAAAAAGUUAGCUCAAUGAACUACUACGCACACCGAAUAAUGGUAAGACAACAUCAAGACAAUUAUAACUACGAUCGGAAGAAUAUAUUCACUUACGAGAUGCUGUUGCUGGAAACAUCGAUGGAAAUGUAAAUCUCAAUGACAUCGGUAAUGCUUUCAUUUUACAUUCAAGCUACAUCGGCAGUCCACGGAACAUGCAGGAAUACAUACAAGAUGCGAUGACUUACGUAAAUUUACAAAAAUUUAAAUCCAUCUGGCGUAGGAUAAGUUUUAAAUACGCGUGCUAAGAGCCAAGCGGCUGGUGGCUGAUUAGAAUUUUUGACAAGUAGCAGGUUGUCUGCAGAUACAUUGGCUUUCUUAUUAUUCCACUUGUGACGUUGUUGUAUAGUUGUUGAAUAUUCUUGUUACUAUCUUUUCCAAAAUCCUUGGUACAUUGAUUGUAAAUGCUGCCAAUAGUAUAAGCAAUUAAUUGGCAAA